AUGGAUCCUGAGCAAUACUACAUGAUAAUGAUAAUACACAUAAAGUUGAAGGUUGUGCACGGAACGUUUUUCGUCGGCCAAGCGUUUCACGUUUUCUUUUUGAACGUCCAGGGACAAUUUGUGAUAAACGCGUUCGACGAACUGUACGACAAGAUAUACGAAUCGCAGUGGUAUAAUUUCACUCCUAGAACACAAGCGUUGUAUGUAUUGGCAUUGAGAAGCUGCCUAAACCCACCUCUGUUAACAGCUGGUGGGAUGACGACGUUGAAUCUACGAUCGUUCGCAGAGAUCAUCAAAGCAUCUGUUUCCUACUACACGGUGAUGCAGACCAAGUAA